UAGUGCAUAGUUCUUCGUAUCUAAUCAAAAUGGCUGAUGAUUUUGGGUUCGGCAGUCCAGUUGUAGAUGACGACUUGAAUCCGGCUCUUCAAGACUUUUUACAGCGUGAGCAAGGCCAAUUGGCUGAACUGGGAGAGGACGAUCUGGGUUUCAGCGACCAACCGUCACUCCCUCUGAAUGAAGGCAUAGUGCCGAUUUCUGGACUUGCAGACUUCGAUGAACCAGCAUCUGAUGAUUAUCAUGACCAGUAUGCUGCUAUUGCUCAAGUGGACGUUCUUACCUCAGAACCCGAGUGCAUCAGAAAGUGGCGCGAGCAACAGACACAGCUCUUGGCCGAAAAGGAUGCCGAGGCAGAGGCAGAGCAGGAGAAGUGGAUGGCACAAGCCAAAGAUGAUCUCGAUGAGUGGUAUGCAAAACACGAAGAACACAUAGCCCAGAUGAAGGAAACCAACCGAAAUACUGAAGCCGCUUUUAUUGAAGAGCGUGACAGCACCGCUGAAGGGCAAGAGUGGGAGCGUGUGGCUCGAAUCUGCGAGUUUAAUCCCAAAAAUAACAAGAGCACGAAGGACGCGUCUCGUCUUCGAAGCAUUCUACUGCAUCUCAAGCAGGAAGGUCUCGUUCGUUGAUUAGUGUGACAAUAGACUACGAUUUUGCUUGCUGUUGUUGGUGUCAUUCUAACGUUUUCGUUUUGUUUUCACGAUGUGUGCACUUUAAGGAAUAAAUGUGCCAUUGUGAGUGUU